AGUGACAGUAGGUUAGAGCGAUGGCGUGGAUUCAGCUUCUGCUCUUCUCUUUUCUCUCCUUCACUCCUCUCACUACACUGUCUCGCAGUGUACCCACAGACGGUCUUGAUGAUGGUGAUAUUGAGAAAUUAUUAGGAAGUAUUUGUGAGGGCUUUGGUGAGGAACUGAAAAACUGCAAUGCAAAAUUGACUGAGAAAACGGAUUACAGCUUUAACAUCGAGAAAGAUCUGUUUGCUCUGAAGGAGCAGCUGAGGGUGAUCAAGCUGUCUUGUAUAAACGCCUCUCAGGCGUCCUUGGUGCAGGUCUCAGCUCUGCAGAACCAGCUAGACACCAUGCUAAAGAAGCUCGGGGAGAAAGCCACGGGACCUGCUGCAGCUGUGUUAAAAAUCCUGCAGGAGUAUGUGAAAGCUCAGAAGCUCGAGUUGGACCUUUUAGUGGAGACGGAUCCAAAGAAGAUCGCAGAGAUGCAGGAACAACUGAAAAAGGCGAGAGCUGAUCUGGAGGUGCUGGGUGGAAAGCCGAACGAGCUGGAGUGCCAAACAGAAAGCCAAAAUAUUGGGAAGGAGACGAGUGAGAAUUCAGACAGGAUUUCAGAAUUGCUUGGCCAGAAUCAGUAUUUGAAGGAGAAGAUCGCUGACACGCUGUCAGAAUGCAAUGACCUUCAGGAAAAUUACAAUGAAUUAGUAGGCACUGUGGAAGGGAAUACAAACAUGAAACAGAUUGUGGACAUUGUGUCUCUGAAGCAGGAAAUCAACAACCUCGAGGAAAGAAUCCGAUCCGAGAUGUCCGAGUCCAAGAAAAAUGAACUACAGAAAGAGCUGAGAGAGAAGAAGGAACAACUCAAGUUGAAGACGAAGGAUAUAAUCGAUCCGGACCAAAAGAAAACUCUGAGGAUAAUCUCCGAGUUGGACGAGCUGAGGAAGCUUCAGAAUGAGAAUGCGGGCGUGGACCAAAUCAAAGAUAAGAAAGAUGAAUUGCUCGGGUUGCUCUCUGAACUGGACGACUCAAACCUGGCCAAAAUCAUGCUGAAGAACAUGCUCUUGCUGUCAGAUGAGUCUCAAAUAAAGAAACAAAUAUCAGACCUCAAACAGCAGAUGGACAAACAGGGAGCAGAACUGCAGGAGGAAGUGAGGAAGAAGGAGGAGGAGCUGAAGAGGAAAACCACAGAACUGGGACAGAAGGACAGUGACAUAGCCACGCUGAACAAAGAGAUCAGGGAUUUGAAGGAGGAACUGAAGAACCUUAAGAAACAACUGAAAGACCUUGAGAACACCUCGGCGUCACAGCUCAGAGAACUGGAGAAGCAGCUGAGUGAGACGAGGAAGGAGCUGGAGAAAGGGAACAAAGCUCUGCAGGAGAAGGAUGCAGAGUUAGCAAAGAACGUGAUAAAGAUCACGGAGCUCCAGGAGGAACUGAAACAGAUUAAAGAGGAAGCCAACAGGAAAAACCAGGAGGCUGCAAAAAGGUUAACAGGUCUGGAAGCAAAGCUGAAGAAGGAAGAGGUGGAAAAUAAAAGAUUGCAGGAUGAACUGAAGGAGUGUGAUGAAGUCAAGAAAUCUUACAACAAACUGAGGGCUGACUUCGAUAAUACAGUUUCAAAGCUGAAUGAUACCCUGAUUAAUCAAGUGUUUACAAUUCAAGCUCUCAACCAGGACAUUAAGAAGCUGGAAGAUAAAAUCAGUUCAUCGGAAGGAAAUGUUGAUGAGCUGAAUAAGAGACUGCAAGAGAAGAAAGCAGAACUCGAGGAGGCCGAAAAAAAGAUAAAGAAAUGGAAAGGAGAAUCUCUCAGAUUUCUGAAAUUACUUGAGGAAUUGAGAAAGGUGAACAGGAAGCAGGAGCAACACAUCAAGGAGUAUUUAUCCCAGAUUAAACGAUUGGAGAAUAACUUGGAGGAGAUGUUGGCUCAACUGUCGGCCUCCGAAAACGAGAAAUCUAAACUGGCCAUCCAGGUGAUCUUUCUAAAGGAGGAAAAGGACCAGUUAAGGAAAGCACUUGCAGGACUUAAAGAGGAGCAAGCGGAGAAGACUGCAAGUUUGGAGAAGGAGAUAGAAGAGAAGAAUAAAGAGAUUGCAUUCCUAAAGAGAAGCGGCUGUGGAGCUGACAAGCUCAAGAAUCAGAUAUCUAAUCUGCAGCAGGAGCUGAGGGCCAAACAGCGGGAGCUGGAACAGCUGAAGAGAGAGAACGCUGCACAGAUCAGUGAGCUGCAGGAGCAGCUAACUGAGAAGAACCGCAAACUGGAGGACAGCAAAGCAGAACUGAAGGAGCUCGACUCGCAGAAAGCUAAUCUAAUUGAGCAAUUAACUGAUCUGACUGAACAGUUGAAAGAAGCAGAAGCCAAAGAGAAAAUCUCUGAAACUGCACAGAAACGCAUCUCCGAACUUGAAAAGCAGCUGAAGAAAAAGGAGAAGGAACUUUCCGACCUGAAUAACAACGACGCAGAAUGUGAAGAGAAGCUGAAGCAGAAGCAGAAGGAAGUUUCAGACCUGAAUAACGAUAAAUCUGAUCUUGAAAAGCAGCUGAAGAAAAAGGAGAAGGAACUUUCAAACCUGAAUAAAAAUUACGCAGAUUUUGAAGCACAGCUGAAGGAAAAAGAGAAGGAAAUUUCUAACCUGAAGAAUAAUAACGCAGAACUUGAAGAUCAGCUGAAGCAAAAGGAGAAGGAACUUUCAAACUGGAAUAACAACAACAAAGAGUUGAAAGAUGAGAACGAGCGUCUGCGUGAUCUUGUGACGGGACUGAACAAGCGAGUCAAGGGAACAGAGAAACUUGAAGAGCAGCUGAAGCAAAAGGAGAAGGAACUUUCAACCCUGAAUAAAAAUUACGCAGAUGUGAUUAACGAGAACGAGCGUCUGCGAGAAGACUUGAAGAGACUGAACACCCGAGUAAAAAUCCUGGAGAAAAGUGAAGAGCAGCUGAAGCAAAAGGACAAAGAAAUUUCAGAACUAAAGAAAAAUAACGCAAAGAGUAUUGAUGAGAACAACCGCCUUCAAAGAACUGUGACGAACCUAAAAGAUCAAAUAAAGAAGCUGGAGAAGCAGGCAGUUACAGUGAAACCACCAGUAGUCACCAUCGAGGCUCUGGAGUUUGACCCACAGACUGCUCAUAGGAGACUCCAGAUCUCUGAUGAUGGACGGUCAGUGCGAGGUGUUCAGUACUCAAUCGCCCGCUAUGAUGACCCAAGGCGCUACGAAACAGCGAUCGCUGCCCUCACAAAAAAGGGCUUCACCUCGGGGAGGCCAUACUGGGAGGUACAGGUGAAAGACCGUUCAUGCUUCGUGGUGGGAGUAGCGGCUGAAUCAGCACCCAGGAAAGGGGAGAUCAGGUACAAGCCCAGUAAUGGGUACUGGACCAUACAGAAGACAAACAAGAAUCACUAUAUGCUAGAUGAGCAACCUGUCCUGCUCCACCUCGCAGACAAACUCAAUGUCAUCGGGAUCCAGAUCGACUUCUCCACGGGGGGGAUAGCCUUCACCAACGCCCAAACCAGAGCAGCCCUCUGCACGUUCAGAGGGAACAGAUUUACACAGAAGCUGUUCCCGUUUGUGGCCACCUGCGGCAAAGAGGGUCCAGAGGACUGGCCCAUAGAGCUGCUGGAUACUGCUUUGGCACCAUGGAUCAACUAAUAAGUAACACACACACAUUGCUAUAUACGUCUUUAAACAAUGAUUACACCCUUGUAACAUUUGCAUUAUUUCUUAAAAUAAAAAAAAAAAGUUUUG